AUGGCCGAAGUAUGUGGAACAUCAUCGUCAUCAUCAGCAGAUAGAUGGAGCGAAAUGGACGUAGCAUCGAAGAUCUGCUCAUUAACCUAUCGUCCCCCAGCAUUAGGUGAUAAGGUAUUCAAGGAUGAGUGCAUGUAUUGCUUCAAGACACCUCUACAUUCAGGUGGACUAUAUAUUUGUCUGGAAAGGUUUGUUGGGUUCUGUACUGAUCAUGUAAUGGGUUAUUAUAAACGGACAGCGCGAAAGGGUUUUCUGUGGUGUAAGCAAGUCAAAAAGAUGUUACCGGAAGCCGAAGAACCACAAGAUAAAGUUACUAAGCUUGCAAUUGGUGUUGAAGGAGGCUUCAGCUCUGGUCCAAAAUAUGAGAUCACUAGCGAAUAUGCAGUCGUACUUUGUCCAGAUGUCGAUGAAAAAGUUCCUCUUAGGAGACUUACACCGAAACUGACAAAUGUUUGCAAUAAAAUUAUCGAAAACGAAGGAGUGCAAAGGCAGGAGAUAUUGGAAGCAGGAAUAAACGUUUGGGAAGGUGAAGCGCGAACAAAUACGAGGCAUUUAAAUUUGGAACAAAUCGACAACGGGAAGAGAAUACCUCCAUGGGGUUGGAAAUGUGAAGAAGAAGGAUGCGAUCUUAAAGAGAACUUAUGGUUGAAUCUAACCGACGGUGCAAUUAUGUGCGGCCGUUCGCAGUAUAUUCAGGAAGGAGUGAUGAGCAAAGGUCGAAAUCAUGCGCGACUGCAUUUUGACUUGACUGGUUAUCCUUUGGUCGUGAAGUUAGGUACAAUUACGAAAGAUGAUGCAGAUGUGUUUAGUUACGAUGAAGAUGAAUCGGUUCGUGAUCCGAACUUAAAGGAACAUUUGAUUCAUUUUGGUAUUGAUAUGGAUAAAACAGAAAAAACUGAAAAAAGCACACUUGAAAUGGAGCUUGACCUUAAUCAGAAAUGGGAAUGGGAAAUGUGUCAGGAGGAUGGCGCAAAUCUAGAAUUGGCCUAUGGCCCAGGCCUUACUGGAAUCAUAAACAUUGGAUCAUCGUGUUAUAUCAGUGCAACACUACAAAUGCUGCUACAAAUUCCUGAUUUCGUGCAAGCUUAUGGAAUAGAAUGCGAAAAGCAUUUCCUAAACGUUGCAAUACUCGAUUCUCAUAAUGAUUUCAAUUGUCAGACAGCAAAAGUAUUCUCGAGUUUAUUAAGCGGUGAAUUUUCUCAAAAAGACAGUGAGUGUAACGGUAUCAAACCGGUACAGUUCCGGAAAGUAGUAUCAAGAGGAAAUGCGGAAUUUUCAAGUACACGGCAGCAAGAUGCUGACGAAUACAUAAGAUUACUUUUUGACCGAAUAGAUGAGUUUCUGAAGAAGCCGAAACCAGUUGAUGCAGUGCGAUUUAAAUUAGAGCAACGUUUAAAAGAUAACGCAACAAGUAGAGUCCGUUAUAAUUAUACGGAAGAAGUAGUACUCUCGUUGAAUGUACCAGAAAAAAGCGUCUGUAAAAAACUUGCAAAAACAGGCGAAACGGAGGCACAAAUACGACCUACGGUAUCAUUUGCUGAAUGCUUGUCGGCAACAUUUGGGAGUCAGGAGAUUGAUGAUUUUCGAUCGCCAAUAACAGACGAAGUGAGAGGAGCCAUCGAGCAAUACAGCAUCGCUACUUUUCCCGAUUAUCUGAUUAUACAGCUUAAAAAAUUCACUCUGGCAGAGGACUACAGUGUGAAAAAGUUAGAUGUUAAUGUGGAAAUGCCAGACGAAAUUGAUUUGGAAGCAUUUCGUGGCUAUGGGAAACAGCCUGAAGAGAUGUUACUACCACAUCAAUCUGCCAAAUCGGAGUUAUCGUUGAACCGAUCUCUGCCUGGCAUUGAUCCUGAUGUUUUUGACAGGCUCUGUAGAUCAGGUAUUACACCCGAAGCUGCACGUCGUGCUAUUCACAUGACCAAGAAUACUGGUUUCGAUGCAGCAUUAGACUGGUUCAUGCAUAGUGUUGGUGAUAGGGACAUCAACGAGGAGCAUCCCGAUUUGCGGUUAAAGGCAAGCGAUGUCGAUGGAAUAGCGAUUGAACAACUUACAAAUCUCGGAUUUUCUGUUUAUCAAGCACGCUAUGCUCUUCAAAAAGUUAAUACUGGCAUAAAUGAUGCAGCCGAUUGGCUUUUUUCAAAUGUGGACACUAUACCACCUCAGGAAAGAGAUGAACAGAUCAAGGAUUAUUUUUUUUCGGUAGACGUGCCAAAAGAAUAUCGCGACGGGAAAGAACAUUACCGUCUGGUUGGUUUUAUAUCACAUAUGGGGACUUCACCACAUUCAGGACAUUAUGUUGCUCAUAUUAAAAAAGACUCAAAAUGGUAUUUGUUCAACGACGAAAAAGUAGCUAUAUCUCAGAAUCCACCAACAUUAUUGGGUUAUAUCUACCUGUACGAACGAUAUUGUGCUCCGGAAGUAAAGCCAUGUGACGAUUAA